AUACAACAAAUUUAACCAAUUAUGCUUCAAUUUGUUUAUUUUGUAAAUAAAUUAUGAGUCAAAUCAAAGAACUGCCAAAAUCAUCUUCUCGAAUUCUUUCUAGCACACAGAUUAUAACAACAGUUUCCAGUGUCGUGAAAGAACUUGUUGAAAACGCUAUCGAUAGUUCUUGUACAAAUGUAGAAGUUAGAUUAGAGGAUUAUGGACUAGAAAAAAUAGAAGUUAAAGACAAUGGAAGUGGUAUUCAUAAAAAUGAUAUUCCUUUAGUUGUUAAACCUCAUUUUACAUCAAAAAUAACAUCACAUUUAGAUUUAGAUAAAGUACAAACUUAUGGAUUCAGAGGUGAAGCUUUGGCUGCAUUAUGUGCUGUAUCAGAUUUGGUAAUAACUACAAAAAGAACCGACGAAGAUAUUGGUUUCAUUUACACUUUUAAUCACAAUGGAGAAGUUAUUAAUCAAAAACCUUGCUCUUGUUCUCAAGGUACAACUGUAGCUGCUUUCAAUUUAUUUAAGAACAUCCCUGUAAGGAGACAGUUUUAUCGUUCUAUUAAAAACAAGAAAGAAGAACUGAAAAAUGUUGAAGAUAUUCUAAUUUCUUUUGGAUGCAUACAAACUGGUGUUAGAUUCAUUUUGGGCCAUAAUAAACACCAGUUAUGGCAGAAAACUGUUGUUCGUGAUGCUGAGGCUGGAUUAAUUCAAGUUUUUGGAAAUUCUGUUGUUGAUCAUUUGGAAAAAAUUGACUAUUUUUCUGAGAAUAUUCAGAUGAAACUGGAAAUAUUCUUGCCUAAGAGAAAUUCGCCAUCUUACUGCGGAUAUAGCUCAUCUACCCGUUGCAUUGUUGCUGUGAAUAAGCGUCCAGUUCGAAUGAAAGCGAUUGACAAGAUCCUGAAAGAAUAUCAUAAUAACUGUGUGGAUGGAUCUAGUUCAUCUCGUUAUCCUAUUUGUUACUUAUCAAUCACCCUGCCUUUAGCCAGUGUUGAUGUUAAUGUUGAACCAAAUAAGACAUCUGUUUUGUUGCAUAAUAUGGAUGAAAUUUUAGAGGAGCUUUCCAAGCUGUUGAGUACCUUCUAUGAGACAAGUUCAUCUACUCAGAAGGAAUGUCGUGAUCCAUCUUCAUCUGGAAAUUAUUUAUUGAAUAAUGAACAGGAAAAAUUCAAUGGGCAUAAAAUGCCCGAUACAUCAGAAAAUCUUCUAAAAAAUCCUACAUUUGAUAAACAAAUUCAGCACUCUAUGCUUAGCUCUCAACUUGGAAAUCCUGUUUGGACUGGUGCUUGUAAAGAGACUCUUUCUGCGAGUAAGAAGAUGAGUCGAAAGAAUAACUUAAUUACUCCAACAAAUAAAAGAAUGAAAACUUCAACUGGCAGUACUUUACCAGCAGAUGAUGUGCUUAAACAUAUAAACACCAUGAACAAAUUCUUUUCAUCUAAAGAAAAUGUGCCAGAAGAUAAAAAUAAACUUUUAGAAUCAAAUUUAAAGCCUACUGAAAAUCUUUUUGCCAUUACUGUGCAGAGGAACGAUUUUAGAAAUACUGGUAAUAAAACUACUGAUUUAGAUCAGUGCAAUAAUAAAAACAGUAGUUCUGUGGCUGAACUUGCUAAUAAUAGCGGCCUUAUAGCGAUGGAAUGUGCUUUAACAUCUGAAAGGAAAAGUUCUUCUCUUCAACCAUGUGAAGUGACAAUAAGCACAGAUAACUCUAGCACAUUUUAUGCUACAAAAUCAUGGUCUCAUGGAAUACAUCCAGAUGGCAAAUUUGUCCAGCCUGUUUCUGUUCUCAAACCUAAAAUGCCAUGUCGUUCUUCUAACACUGAUGAAAACAUCCUGCAUGUUCAAAGCUUAGAAGAAAAGUCUUCUGGAACUAAUAAUAAAAUUCACAAAGACAAUGACAAGAUAGAGUUUCCUAAUAAUAUUUCAGAACUUCAGCGUAAACUGACUGCUUUUGAUUAUUUUUGCAGGCAAAACAGGCUUGAAGUUGCUGCUCAGAAUCCUGAAUUCAAUAAUCAUCAGAUUGCUCAAGUGUUGACUGAAAAGUGGAGUCAUUUAUCUGAAGAGGAGAAAGCUGCAUUCAAAAGCUUGGCUUCUAAAGGCUACCCAAAAAAUGUAAAGAAAAAGGAAAAAGUUAGUAAAGCACUAACUCAACAGUUAUGUAAAAAGAAAACUGUAUCACGGCUGUCAGCAAAUAUUACAAUGAAAAGGAAACAAAAAGUCAAAGAAAAAGAAGUCAUAUUUAGCAUUCAAAUGGUACAAGAUGCCAUGAAAAUGAGUUUUCAAAAAGAAAAGAAAGGGAAUUUUGAUUUGAUAAAUCCCUUGGCACCAGGUGUUUGGUUGUGCAGACAAAAUAAUAAAUUGUAUUUACUGAAUACUUUUCGUCUACAAGAAACAAUUAUCUACUAUACGUUAUUAGAAACUUAUCAGUUUGAAGCUGAGCCUCUGAAUCCUCCAUAUGAAAUAUGUCUGAGUUCCUUAGGAAAUGAUGAAAUUCUUCAGACAGUAUUACACUUGUGGGAUACUGCUGGCAGUGUUAGUGGAGAUCCUGUGCUUGAUGAAAGAUUAACUGCUAAUGGCUUUAACCUCAGAAUUUUAAAAGAUGGGAAUGAAGUUGCAUUAGAAUUAAUGGGCAAGACACCAAAAAUUGCAUUUUAUGGUAUUGAAGAUUUAAAAGAAAUCUUAAUUCUUCUUAAACAGAAGGGUUAUUCUGCAAAAUUAUCUGAUUGUCGACCAGGCAAAGUCAUCCUCUAUCUACAAGGUGAAGCUGUUCGCAUUGCAAGACAGUGUCCUGCUAACCCAAGAAUAGACGAUGUUGAAGAACUUCUUAAAAAAAGAGAAAUGCUUCCAUCUGAAUGCACAUCAUGUAUUCAUAUGAGACCAUUUUUCCAUGAACUGCAUUCUAUACAUGAGGCUGAAAAAAGUUGUUCUUAAAAGUUUAUAGACUUCUGAAUCUUUAAUU